ACUGACCAGCUCGUUUGCAGCAAAAACGUUACUGUCAAUCAUGUUGCCUUGGGGCGAGAGGUAUGCCGGGAAUUGUAGUUCCUGAGCCCAGGUGUCAAACUGGUGGGCGUGGCGGUAAGGAACUACAGUUCCCAGCCGCACGGCAAGCCCACGCCUUGUCCCAGUGCCAUCCGGGUGCCUGUGUGUUGCGAGCUGGACUGGGGUGUGGUGGAGUAGCAGAGUGCUACAGGCACCGAGCUCUUCCCCGCAGACACAGGGGCUCAGUGCCUUUUUAAAAAAAUCCAUCAUCAGCCAUUCAGACCAGAACCUAAAUCCCCUCCAUAGUUCUUUUUCUUUGCAUUUAAGCCAACCCAGCCAAAAGAAAAGAGGGACGUCUUUUUUUCAUAUAUAAUCUACAUAAAGUUUCUUUUGGAGACGUCGUCUGGACAUUUCGCUGGAGGACUUGGAAGCUGAAAUUUGCAAGAAGAGGGAGGACUUCUUUGUCAAAGAUCCACACACAACAAAAAGAGAAUUGAAUCGACUUGAAACUGACAAUGGGUUGUACCAUCAGCGCUGAGGACAAGGCGGCUGCCGAGCGAUCGAAAAUGAUUGAUAAGAAUCUCCGCGAGGACGGAGAGAAAGCGGCUCGAGAAGUGAAGUUGCUACUUUUGGGUGCUGGAGAAUCUGGGAAAAGCACAAUUGUAAAGCAAAUGAAGAUUAUCCAUGAGGAUGGAUACUCAGAAGAAGAAUGUAGACAAUACAAAGCUGUGGUAUACAGCAACACCAUCCAGUCUAUCAUGGCCAUCAUCAAAGCUAUGGGAAACCUGAAAAUAGACUUUGGAGAGUCUGGCAGAGCAGAUGAUGCGCGCCAACUGUUUGCAUUGUCCGGUACGGCUGAGGAGCAGGGCAUCUUGCCUGAAGACCUAGCAAAUGUGAUCCGAAGGCUCUGGAGUGACACUGGGGUUCAGGCUUGUUUCGGUCGAUCUAGGGAAUACCAACUCAACGAUUCUGCUGCUUAUUAUCUGAAUGAUCUUGAAAGGAUAGCGAGAUCUGAUUACAUCCCAACUCAGCAAGAUGUCCUGCGAACUCGUGUCAAGACUACAGGCAUUGUGGAGACCCAUUUCACUUUUAAGGAUCUACACUUCAAGAUGUUUGAUGUCGGUGGACAGAGAUCUGAGAGAAAGAAAUGGAUCCAUUGCUUUGAGGGUGUUACUGCUAUCAUCUUCUGUGUAGCUCUUAGUGCAUAUGACUUGGUCCUGGCUGAGGACGAGGAGAUGAAUCGCAUGCAUGAGAGCAUGAAACUUUUUGACAGUAUUUGCAACAACAAAUGGUUCACGGAUACUUCUAUCAUCCUCUUCCUCAACAAGAAGGACCUGUUUGAAGAGAAGAUCACCAAGAGUCCCCUGACUAUUUGCUUCCCUGAGUAUUCAGGGGUAAACGAGUAUGAUGCGGCUUCAGGAUAUAUCCAGACCAAAUUCGAAGACCUAAAUAAACGGAAGGAUACUAAGGAGAUCUACACACACUUCACCUGUGCCACCGACACAAAGAACGUGCAGUUUGUAUUUGAUGCAGUCACUGAUGUCAUCAUCAAGAAUAACCUGAAGGAUUGUGGCCUCUUCUAAGAAAUGCAAAGAAAAUUGAGGAUGAUGAGUUACUUGAACUGUUCAGUGCGGAGGACCCCAGAGGAAGGACUGCACCAAUAAAAUCAGCUUUCUGCUUUUAACUGCUUUUUACAAGAGACUUAAGACCAUCAAUGCAUUGCCAACUUUCCCAAUCUUUUUAUCCCCCAAUGAUGCAGAAUUUUUACUAUUUAAUUAAUUUUAUUUUUUACAAAAAUGCCUUGUUUCAGAGGAGUGCAAAUAUCCCUGAGCUGAGUUAGCAAGUGCUUUGCUAGUGUUAGCGGAACUCUCCGCUCUAUGAUUAUGUCAGGCAUGGAUACAUUUUUUUUUAAAAAAGUGUUUUGGUUGCUUAGAGCAUGUAAGAAGUUAUAAAUGUGAUCAUCUUCCAAACAGAACAGCUUAGCAAAAACUGGUCAUUGCACCAAUUUGUUGAUUUCCCUGCUGGCAAAAAUGAAUUGCUCCUUUGUGUGUGUAUGUGUGAGAGAGAGGGAGAGUUUUUCAACCAAGUUGCAUGUAAAACAUAGAUGUCUCCUAUUCUUUACACAACCAGCAUACAUUCCUAAAGGAUUUUAAUAGGUUGUAAAAGUUGCUUGAGGAAGGCUUUAUUAGCUACUAAGCUGCAAGUUCAUUUAACAUAUUUAAAAUGUAAGUAAUCUACCAUGUACUGGUAUUAAUUUUGCUGCAGUAAGUUUUGUGCCUUGAAAAUAACUUUGUUUACAGUUGUAACUGAGUUCUGCUUUAAUUUUAAUGGUAAGUUUUUUCCUUUCCCCUUAAUUUCUGAUGGAAAUGGUUACUUUUGGCAUGUCCAAGCAAACAAUACUGUAUCCGUGGAGAGGGCCAGUUUGACGAUAGCCUGUUCACUUUAUUCAAAUGGAGAUAUUCUAUUCAAAAUGAUGCAGGAAUUAACUCCCAAGUACUAACUGGGAUUUUGCUAUACCUAGUGGGUCAAAUGUUUAAAUCCACUAAGGAUUUCUUUUAUAUACUUUUCAGUCUCCUUUUAUCCGGAGGAAUAAAAGUGCUCCCGCCCCCACCCCAUCAUCUCUAUCAAUAAUUCCUUUACAUCCAUCUCCCACAUGGAUAGUCGUUCGUCAGUCUGUCCCAUGAAUGGCUACAGUGGCCAUUCAACAUCCGUGCUCAUUUAUAUGAUUGCUUUUCUAUUGUAUUUGCCUUUAUACUCCCUGCAAAUCUGUUCCCCAAUUUCUAACGUUGUGGGAAUGGAUUACAAAAUUCAGUGUAAACAUAAUGUAGUUAUUGUAACAUCUCCCUGCUGCUUGUAUCAGUCUUUUCUAUCUAAUCCAUCUAACAUAAAUGGGUUUGUGGCAACAGUAUAGCAUUCCAUCUGGAAACUGGUGAGAACUGAAAAGAGCAUCCAUACUGAAGGCAUAUAGGCCUGAACAGAGCAUAACACUAUGAACAAUUAAGAAUGACAUGUUCCUAUCUUCUGACCAGUGCUUAAACUACCUGUACCUUCACUGCUGAAUUGCUAAAGAAAGCAUCUCAGUAAAAUUCUCUUCUGCAGCUAGCAAUCUUCACCCAAGCACCCUCUAUUGUUAAUAAGCAAUAGAUAUAAAGUUGAAAAUUUAAGAUAUCUCUCUUCUUGAGCAAAAUCUAAAUUGCUCGCAGAGUAAUCCUAAGUCAUUGGCUGCUUCCAGACACACAUGUUGUUUGUUUUGAUAAUGAUAGAAAUUUAGUUUGAUGUUUGACGCAACUUGGUCUUAAAGGGACACAAUUCAUGUAGUUGAUUUCUGUCUUAACUGCGCCCCUUCAGUUGAGCAUUCUUCCAGUUUUCUAUAGACCGAUUCAUCAAAUCCAGUUUAGGUUCAUGUGAUUGAUACCCUAGCAUUUUCAACCAGAAAAGAAGAAGCCUUCAUUUAGUCUGGUAAUAUCCAGUGCCUGUAAAAAUUGAAGCUCAAAGCCAUUUAUUUUUCAUUUGACUCUUUAGUCUGUUUCUCUUCGCUUGUUACACGCUCUUAGUUUAGAACAGGUGGUGUAAUUAAAAAUACUUGUGGCUAAGAAGGUCAUCAGAAUUCUUGCAGCAGAUUGAUAAAUAACAAUUCUGUGGGCUUUUUUAAAAAAAAUGCUUUACUUGUAGUAACUAAUUUCCAUUGCAUUUCACGUACCCCAUUUUUAACAAAAAGUACAACGCACCUUGCAGGUUGUUUGAGCACUAGUGGUGGCUUUUCCAAUUUCAACUUGUUUCUCAGGCAAUUCUUCAUCUGUGCGAAGAGCUUUGACUAUUUAUAUUCCUUCAAAUCAUCAAUUACGAAUGAACGUCAAGUGUAUGACUUUUGUAAAUUUGGAAGAAGGGUCUGUCUUGGUUGCACUUGGAUGUAAUUAAGGUUUCUAAAUUUUAGGAUUCCAAUUUAUUCUGUGUCUUGUGUAACUCUGUAAUAUGUUUUAUGUACAGUAAUCCAUUUAAGCACAAUGUUGCAACAGGUUGAUAAGUUUUGUAAGAAACCUAGCAAGAUCCCCUGACAUGGCAGCACUUUUAACAUUCUGGAUAUUAACCAAACAUUGCCAAUUUGUUUUGUUAGGAAUCUGAAGUGUUGGUGUUUAAAUUAGAUAUCGACAAACAUUUUUAAGUUGAAUUGGAAAAAUUAUUAUUUCUUCCUUUGUUUAAAAAUUGUUCAAUUGGAUGAUGCAGUUUUACCAGCUAAUACAUGGAGCAUGAGGAAGAUUGAACCCUGGAAUCAGUGCCAGUCUCUGGAAAGGUGAAACAUAACUUUUUGAGACACUGACGUGUAUGUAAGCUGGAUGUUGCAGACUCUUUUGAUUGCAGUAAUUUUAGUUAAACAAUGUAGUUUUUACAGGUAAUUUUAAUUGGAUGAUUUUAUUGCAACAACAAAGAAAUAGAAAAGCUACCUAGCUACAUGCAAUUCUUUAAUUUUAAGAGAAAUCUCUUCAAGCUAUUUGCAGUCUUUCUAUAUUUAAUUUUUUUUGUUUUUUAAAUGCAGUCAUUCUUGAGCUUGCAUCGUAAUGUAGAUUACAGAAACUACGUUAUAGAUAGGGAGAAGUUAAUUGUAGAAACUUUGUAUUCUGAGAAUUAAAAUGUUCUAAAUAUAUGAAGGAAAGUUCAAAACGGAUUAAAUAUUUUGUUAGUUUCUUUUGUUCAAGCUUUUUCUGAUAUCCAUGUGUUGGCUCAGAUGAUACGCAGCCAGUUUUGCAGAGAGUAAAGUUAACCUUUUUGGGUGGGGGGGAGGGGGGGUUUACUAUCUGACAAUAUUUGACUAGUUUUUAUUGUCAUCGUUACAUUGUUACUUACACACACCCAUCCCUCUGUUUAGUUUGUAAUGAGGCCAGAUGCAUUGCAACCAUGUAUGUUUCUUACAGUAUGUUACCUGGUGUAAAAACAAAUAAAAGACCAAAUUAAUAAAAUACUUUUUAGUAGGA